AUGGCGUAUUCUGUUCAUCGGCUUCGAAAGGUUUCAGCUUUAGGGAUUUCUCGUGUUCUUCAAGCUGAUAAGGGAAGUUUGUGGCGGUUUCACUUGAAACCUGAGGUUAGUGAGUUUAUGAGAUUAGGUGUCUUGACUAGGAACUACAAAAAGAGCUCCGGAUCCCCAAAGUUCGACUUCACCGGCGAUGGAACCACCACCUCAAAGUUCGAUUUCACUGAUCUCACCUCUCCUCAUACAUGGUAUCCAGUUGCGCGGAAGAUGAAGCGUAAGGUCGUUCUACAUGUUGGUCCGACUAACAGUGGGAAAACAUACAGUGCCCUUAAGCAACUUGUGCGGAGCUCUUCAGGUGUAUACUGCGGCCCGUUGAGAUUGUUGGCGUGGGAGGUAGCUAAACGGUUAAACAAAGCAAAUGUUCCUUGUGAUUUGAUCACUGGACAAGAGAAAGAGUUAGUGGAAGGUGCGAACCACAAAGCUGUGACUGUUGAAAUGGCUGAUGUCUCAUCGGUCUACGAUUGUGCCAUCAUUGACGAAAUUCAGAUGGUGGCAUGUAAACAAAGGGGAUUUGCAUUUACUCGUGCUCUACUCGGCAUUGCAGCUAAUGAGCUGCAUUUAUGUGGCGAUCCAGCUGUUGUACCUCUUGUUGAAGAUAUACUGAAAGUAACUGGAGAUGAUGUUGAGGUGCAUACAUAUGAGAGGCUUUCGCCAUUAGUCGCUAUGAAGGUUCCAGUUCAGUCAGUUUCCGAUAUUAAAACUGGGGAUUGUCUUGUAACCUUUUCACGAAAAGAUAUUUAUGCGUAUAAGAAAAUAAUUGAAAAGCCGGGGAAGCAUCUUUGCUCUGUGGUUUAUGGUUCAUUGCCUCCAGAGACUCGCACAGCACAGGCAACAAGAUUUAACGACGAGACCAAUGACUUUGAUGUGCUUGUUGCCAGCGAUGCGAUUGGCAUGGGUCUUAAUUUGAAUAUUUCAAGGAUUAUCUUCUCGACCCUUCAGAAAUAUGAUGGUAGUAAGACUAGAGACCUAACAGUAUCCGAGAUUAAACAAAUUGCAGGGAGAGCUGGCAGAUUCCAGUCAAAGUUCCCUGUUGGCGAAGUAACUUGUUUGUACGAAGACGACCUUCCGUUGCUCCACUCGUCUCUUAAUUCUCCUUCACCUCUUAUUGAGCGUGCUGGACUCUUUCCAACAUUUGACCUCCUAUCUAGGUAUUCGCAAGCACACCCUAAACGAGGGUUGUAUCAUAUACUGGAACAUUUCGUUGAAAAUGCAAAGUUAUCUUCAAACUACUUCAUCUCUAAUGUUGAAGACAUGAUGAAAGUUGCGGCUCUCGUUGAUGAAUUACCCAUCGGAUUGAAAGAGAAGUACCUUUUCGUGGUCAGUCCAGUUGACAUAAAUGAUGAAAUAUCAGCUCUGGGUUUUACACAGUUUGCUAAGAGAUUCUCCAAGAGAGGCAUUGUGAAUCUCCGAGAGAUAUUUGAAGAAGACAGAGUUAAGGUUCCCAGAACACCAACAGAACUCAAGGAACUUGAAUCCCUUCACAAGGUUCUUGAUUUGUACGUAUGGUUAAGCUUAAGGCUAGAGGAUUCUUUCCCUGACCGAGAAGUGGCAGCUUCGCAAAAGUCAAUCUGCAAUUUAUUGAUUGAGCAGUUCUUAGAGGGAAAUAGAUUGAUCUCUUCAUCCGGCUUCUCGAAAAAUCAGAGGAAGCGACGAUGA